GUACAGAAGCUUCUUUGUGAAAGAGACGGCCGAUAGCUUCUUUCCCCAGCACAGACAGCUGCAUAGCCACGGCAGCCCCUGUAAUCAACCCGGCAGCAGAGCUGUCUUUGUAGGUCGGGCCUCGGGCCCCGGUGUGACCCAGGUCUCUCGCUGGCUUUUUUCAGGAGCAGUCCCGGCCGGCCCCGCCUCAGCCCUUCUCGUUCCCCGGGGGCCGCUCCCUUUCGGCAGUCGCAGUUCCCGCCUCUGGGCUCCGGCGCCCGCUGAGCCGACAGAGGAGAGGCGUCUCGUGCGCUCGUUCCAGCCGCUUCGGGCGCCGAGUUCCAGGACCCGCCCCCCGCGCCAGUUGCCAGGGAGCGGUUGCCAUAGAGCUGAGCAGUUGUCCGCGUGCGCAGGCGGAAGUCCCGGAUUGAGGCGCCGCCAUUUUUGCUGCCCGGACGCGGAGCGAGAGGCUGAGAGAGUCGGCGAUACUAUCCGCUUCCAUCCGUCGCGCAGACCCUGCCGGAGCCGCUGCCGCUAUGGAUGAUCGAGAGGAUCUGGUGUACCAGGCGAAGCUGGCCGAGCAGGCUGAGCGAUACGACGAAAUGGUGGAGUCAAUGAAGAAAGUAGCAGGGAUGGAUGUGGAGCUGACAGUUGAAGAAAGAAACCUCCUAUCUGUUGCAUAUAAGAAUGUGAUUGGAGCUAGAAGAGCCUCCUGGAGAAUAAUCAGCAGCAUUGAACAGAAAGAAGAAAACAAGGGAGGAGAAGACAAGCUAAAAAUGAUUCGGGAAUAUCGGCAAAUGGUUGAGACUGAGCUAAAGUUAAUCUGUUGUGACAUUCUGGAUGUACUGGACAAACACCUCAUUCCAGCAGCUAACACUGGCGAGUCCAAGGUUUUCUAUUAUAAAAUGAAAGGGGACUACCACAGGUAUCUGGCAGAAUUUGCCACAGGAAACGACAGGAAGGAGGCUGCGGAGAACAGCCUAGUGGCUUAUAAAGCUGCUAGUGAUAUUGCAAUGACAGAACUUCCACCAACGCAUCCUAUUCGCUUAGGUCUUGCUCUCAAUUUUUCCGUAUUCUACUACGAAAUUCUUAAUUCCCCUGACCGUGCCUGCAGGUUGGCAAAAGCAGCUUUCGAUGAUGCAAUUGCAGAACUGGAUACGCUGAGUGAAGAAAGCUAUAAGGACUCUACACUUAUCAUGCAGUUGUUACGUGAUAAUCUGACACUAUGGACUUCAGACAUGCAGGGUGACGGUGAAGAGCAGAAUAAAGAAGCGCUGCAGGACGUGGAAGACGAAAAUCAGUGAGACAUAAGCCAACAAGAGAAACCAUCUCUGACCACCCCCUCCUCCCCAUCCCACCCUUUGGAAACUCCCCAUUGUCACUGAGAACCACCAAAUCUGACUUUUACAUUUGGUCUCAGAAUUUAGGUUCCUGCCCUGUUGGUUUUUUUUUUUUUUUUUAAACAGUUUUCAAAAGUUCUUAAAGGCAAGAGUGAAUUUCUGUGGAUUUUACUGGUCCCAGCUUUUAGGUUCUUUAAGACACUAACAGGACUGCAUAGAGGCUUUUUCAGCAUUACUGUGUCGUCUCCGUGCCAGAUGUGGCAAGAUCACCAUUAGCAAAUGGAAAUUACAUUUGAAAGCCAUUAGACUUAUAGGUGAUGCAAGCAUCUAAGAGAGAGGUUAAUCACACUAUAGAGGCAUAAGUGGUAUCAGUUUUCAUUUUUCUAAUUGUUUAAACUGUGUUUUAUACCAGUGUUUGAAAGUAAUUGGGUGUUAGCUUGAGAUGGUUAAAGGUUGUUUGGGGAGGGACUUCGUUGUAAUGGUUUUGCUGUAAAAAAUGUUUCCAACUCCGCUGAAAUGUUGCUGAAAAGCAUGGUGCUGGUAACAGUUCAACAAUCCGUGGCUGCUCAUUCUUGCCUACUUUACUCUCCCACUGAAGCAGGUUAGCGUUGAAGGUGGUAUGGAAAAGCCUGCAUGCCUGUUCAAUUCUUUGUUUCUUCUCCUUCCCCCUCCCCCUACCUCCUUCCCCUCACUCCUCCCCUCCUUCGCUCGCUCAACCUCUUUUGUUCAGUAUGUGUAACUUGAAGCUAAUUUGUACUACUGGAUAUCUGACUGGAGCCACAGAUACAGAAUCUGUAUUGUUCUUACUGAAACACAGCAUGGAAUUAACAUUAAACUUAAAUAAAACAAACCUAAAUUAAAAAUGCCAAA